UGUGAAGCAAGAAAAUAGAGCGCCAAAGGAAGUGACUAAAGUUUCACCUAGUAGCGGAUGUGAAAGCAACUUAUAACAAGCCAAAGUGAAUGAAUAAAGUUGUCAGAAUCCGAAACUGGGCUCUGUGCUUCCUGCAUGCUCAACACUUAGCCUGCCUUUUGCUUGUUUGUUUUUGUUUUUGUUUUUUUGUGUAGUGAGUGAGAAAAUUUUAGGCAAGUGAUUUUGUUUAACAGUUGAAAAUGUGUUAUUUCCCUUGUGGGGUUUCACUCAAUAAUCAAAAUUUUCAAUUUGGGAAGUGUUAAGUGUGUGUCAGCGUUUUGAAGCUUGUGCUUUUAGGGUUUCUUUUGUGGGUGUGAAAAUGGGUUCUCCAAGGAGAGAUGUUGACCUUGAGGAACAGCUUAGGAGGUUGGGAAUGCGCUUUUGUCCACCAUCUGCCAUUGAUGAACUUACCGCUCUUCUUGAUAAAGCUGAGCACUUGCUUGCAAAUGUGGAACAAGCGCCUCCAGGAUCAAUGCAAGAUGCACUUCUACCAUCAAUGAAGGCAUUAAUUGCUGAUGAGCUAUUGAGGCACUCAGACACGGAUGUGAGGCUGUCAGUUGCAUCUUGCAUUAGUGAAAUCACCCGAAUAACAGCACCAGAGGCUCCCUAUGAUGACGACAUUAUGAAGGAAGUUUUUCAUCUGUCUGUUGCAGCUUUCGAGAAAUUGUCCCAUGUCUCUGGUCGUUGUUAUACAAAGGCAGUUUCCGUUCUUGACACUGUUGCAAAGGUCAGGUCAUGCUUGGUGAUGUUGGACCUUGAGUGUGAUACAUUGAUUAUUGAGAUGUUUCAACAUUUCCUAAAAUUCAUAAGGUCCAACCAUCCACAUGCUGUAUUUUCGUCCAUGGAAACAAUUAUGACCCUGGUCAUAGAUGAAAGUGAAGAUAUUUCCUGGGAUCUUCUCAGUGUUCUUUUAUCUAGUGUCCGAAAGGAGAAUCAAGAUGUUUCUCCUAUUUCUUGGAAGCUAGGAGAGAAGGUUAUUACUAACUGUGCUGCUAAGCUUAAAUCAAGUUUUAUGGAUGCACUGCAGUCUAGAGGCAUUGCUUUGGAUCAGUAUGCUGAGAUAGUUUCCUAUAUAUGCAAAAAUGAAUAUGAAACCCUCCAGGGUCUUGAUUGUUCUGGGAAAUAUUUGGCGACUAACAAAUUAGAUCCUGUUUCUCCUGGAGAAGUUUGCCAUGAUGUGGAUGAUAUUUCCAAGUCGAUGAAGUGUAAUGGAACUUCCCCAACUAGGGAUGAUAAAUACAUAGAUAAUAGGUCCUCAAAGGUAUUUGAGCAGUGUACUCAUGCUGACCAUUCCAGAAACAUUGAUGUGAGAGGCAGUGCCAAACCCGAUAAUGUAGUCUCUGUGAGGAAUGUCAAGUCAGAUACUGAGCCAGCGAGUGCUCCGAAGAAAAGGGGUAGAAAACCUAAUUCCUUAAUGAAUCCGGAGGAAGGCUAUGACCACUCUUGGAUUUGUACUGGAAGAAAAAAUUCCAAAGUACCUGGUCGCGAAAAGUCUCAUGAUAAGGAAUUUGAUUGUUCACCCUCUGUAGAUCCUGAUUUCAAGAAGAGAGCUUUACUGUCAACAGAAAAGAAUGUGGGUGAACCUGCUUCUUCCCCAACCCCAAAAAGCCACCUUAAUGAGGAAAGUCAUCCUAGAAGGGGUCGGCCAAAGAAAAAACAGAGCAUGAAGGAUCAAGAUGGUGAUCUCAAUUCCCUGUCAGUGAGAUUGACCAAAUCUACAAAUUCCAUUUUGAAAAAGGAGCCUGAAAACAGACAUGAGAAAGAAGUAAAACGACAUAAGCGCUCAUUAGAAGGUGAACUUGCUGCAAAGGCUAGUGAAGAGACUGCUGCAGCUUCUGGAUGUGGAGUUUUGGAGAAGGAAGCUGAUAUCCCAAAUGAUCUUGAGGAAAAACCACAAAAGCUGUCAGCUACAAAGGCAAGGGGAGAGGGUGUCAAUGAGGACAAACCAUCAGUCAAGACAGAUGUCAAGAAAGGGAGUUUGGUUGCCGCUACUUCAGCUAAAGGUAUUACUGAUGCAUCUGGUACUAAGAAGGGGAAGAUUUCUAAGGCUGCACGUAAAUCAUCAAAUAGAAAUGGAAAUAACUCAGUGGAAACUCCUAACACAGAAGUCAAGAGGAAACAUACUGCCGGGAAGGAAGUGAAGAAGAAUACUGCAUCUAAAUCGUCAAAUAGAGAUAGAAAUUACUCAGAGGAAACCCCUAAAACCAAAAUCAAGAGGAAGCAUACUGCUGGGGAGGAAGUGGCUUUUGAAACGCAUGAGCUCGGUGAGCAAUUGGUUGGUAAGAGAAUAAAAGUUUGGUGGCCGAUGGACAAGACGUUUUAUGAAGGCGUUAUUGACUCUUACGACCGCAUCAAAAAGAAGCACAGGAUAUUGUAUGUUGAUGGGGAUGUAGAGAGAUUGAAUCUCGAAAAACAACGUUUUAAACUGAUUGAAGAUGUCGAUUUGUCAAAAGGGGGACAAGAGACUGAUGUGCUAAAACCUGAUGCUUCAUCCGCUAUAUUGCAGAAGGAAAAGGACGAAACAAAGUUUCAGCUGGUCAAAGAAGUGAAGGCCUCAUCCUUGAAAAGUGAACAUGCCAUUGCAUCCAAAGCUAAGGCUAGAAAAUCAGCUGGUGCUUCUGCCGGUGGUGCUAAACUUGACAAACCUAUUAUCGGUGAUGAACCAAUAAUCGAUGCAUCUGAGAAAGAUAGCAGUUCAAAAGGGGAUGAUCACAAUUCCAUUAACAAAUUAAUAGUAAGAGACAGGAAACUGAUAUUGACCGUAACCAGACGACAACAGACUUAUACUAGCCCUUCCAAGGGCGGGGGGGAAUCUCCUGGCAUGUGCAGAUCUGGAGAUGACUUCAACAACAACAAAGAAGCAAAGAAUGUAGAAUUUUCAACCAAUAUGGAGGCAAAUGAAAUUGGAGAUAUAGACCAAGUGAUAGAGGGAGGAGGGGCUUGAAAACUUACAGGUUUGGGGUCUGUAUAGUGUGGGAAGUGUUAGUUUUAUAUAUAGUGUCGUGUUUUUGAGGUGAAUAUCAGCUCUUUUUUGCCUUCUUAUUUUGCCAGAGAGCUGUAAAGGCAUCUUCUUCUAACUGUUGUGUAAUAGGGGGUCAAAACUAAAGUUGCAGAGCUUUGAGACUGCAAUGUAAUUGGUUAUCCUUAUAAUUAUGUAAAGCGGUCUCUGCUAUGUUAAUGAUACCGGAGGUUCCCCAAUCAAACACUUACCUGUUAUAAAAAUUUGAGUUAAUAUUUUGACACCGUGUUACCAUAUUUUAGUAGUACAUAAUAAUA